AUGGAGACCGCCACGCCAACGAACAGAGAGGAAUCGUCUGUUCCCCAGCAUUCCUCUGGGUCUUCGCCGAGAGAGAACCAAAAUUUAAUAGUUUAUGAGCAAAAGACUAGUACGUCUAAUGUAUCAUGGCUAGCAAAGAUCGGUAUCGCCGCAAUAUCCAUCGUCAGCGCGGUUUAUCUUUCAAGUGGAAGCAGCAUCAACCCAACAGACUAUUCAGCACGUACACGGGACGUGUUGAGCAAAGUCCCAUUGAUCGAUGGCCACAAUGAUCUUCCGUAUUUGAUCCGCUCGGAGCUAAAGCAUCAAAUUUACAAUGAUCGAUUCACCUUCGACACUGGCUUGUUGAGUCAAACCGACCGGAAGAAGCUGCGGGACGGAAUGGUCGGCGGGCAAUUUUGGAGCUCUUACAUCCAUUGUCCAGAUCCUUCAGAGAAGGUCGAGUUUGAAGACCCCACGUGGGUGGUUCGUGACACUCUAGAACAGAUUGAUAUCACCAGAAGAUUCAUCGACCAGUACCCUGAUUUGUUCCAGUUCUGUAACAACUCGGCCUGCGCCCUUGACGCUUUUCAUAAUGGAAAGGUCGGAAGCUAUAUUGGUAUCGAGGGAGGGCACCAACUGGGUAAUUCAUUAGGCGCCCUGCGAAUGUUCUACGACCUCGGAGCCCGGUAUAUCACUACAACCCACAAUUGCGAUAACGUGUUCGCCACCGCUGCAAGCACCGUCGCCGCAGGAGGAGAGGAUGCCGGGCUCACGGAGUUCGGAUUGGAGUAUGUUAAAGAGAUGAACCGACUGGGCAUGAUGAUAGAUCUUUCCCAUGUUUCUCAUCAGACGAUGCGUGAUAUCCUGGAUGUAUCAGAAGCGCCCAUCAUCUUUUCUCAUUCUGGAGCUCACGGCCUGUCUAAAUCACUACGCUUCGCACCCGAUGAUGUUAUCCGCAAAACAGCAGAGAAAGGUGGAAUAGUGAUGGUCACGUUUGUGACCCGGUUCCUGAGACCUGAUGACCCGUCUGCUGCUACCAUUCAUGAUGUCGUUGAUCACAUCUGGUAUGUGGCCGAAAUGGUCGGCUGGGAUUAUGUCGGUGUCGGUGGUGACUUUGAUGGAACGCCCGUAACGCCCCUUGGUCUUGAGGACGUAUCCAAAUACCCACGGCUAGUGGAGCUGUUGAUGGAACGCGGUGCCACAGACAAGCAAAUCCGCAAAUUCGCGGGCGAAAAUAUCUUGCGUGUGUGGAAGGAAGUUGAGCAAAUAGCUGAAAAGAUUCAGAGAAAAGAAAAGCCGAACGAGGCCACUUGGUCGGGAAGGAAAUGGGUUCGGGACAACAAGAAUGACCCAAGAAUGUUCCGUGAUUCAAUCGGUCGGCGGAUUCCGACCUUCUCAGGGGAUCCAUAA